AUGAGGCGGCGUCACAGUGCAUUGGCAUUGCCACAAUGGCAUAACAUCGACCGUUCCAUCAGCGACCACUUCCGGCUAGGCGCCGCAGCCGUAAAGAUGGUGGCACGUCCGGGAACACGCACGCUUGACUUGACGUCGGAGGCGGUGUUGUGGAUGCUACAGCUCGUCGUUGGCUGUCGAGAUCUGUGGGUAGACACAAAAUGGGCCUUGGGCGAUGGGAUGAAACUACCUGUGGCCAUUCUGCAAUGGCACGUACAACCCACCAGAAGCCUCUUCAUACGACUGUCGCCAGAUCUUCCCGCAGGCCCGGACCGUGACCAGAUAGAAUAUCAAGAUCGACCCUCGGGAGCGCCGUGGUGCUCGAUUUCAUAUCUUUGCAAGCAGUUCCUAAAUGAGGGGCUACCCAGCCGACAUCCUUUCCCGAAGGUCGCCAUCCAUUCGAAUGGGGAUUUCAUGCAUGUCGAUGGCUCACCAGUGCCACAGCUUCAGGAUUACAUUGCUUCAAACCUGCAUGGAUUCGUGGAACUGAAUGGUACGGCGCGUACAAUCGUCUUCACACGGUUACUGCAAGUCUUUUUUGAUCGCGAUCCGAAUGGUCGGCGCGGUAAACUAUGGUCCUACACCAACGACGGCUUUCCGGGUUUCUGUUUUUUCGCAGCCAUCGAAGUCGCGGUCUAUCAAAAACGGCUAGAUGCUACGAGAGUGUUCACCUGUCUUCUUUUGGAGCUAGGUUAUGAAUACGACGAAGUGCAAGCUCCGCACUGCCGCAUCAACCCGUUCUACGCCUGCUGCGACCACUACCGCCUAGGAGCCGCGGCCGUGAAGAUGGUGGCCCGACUGGAACCACGCGCGUUUGACUUGACGUUGGAGGCGAAGUUCCUUGAAGAGGGGCUACCCAGUCGACAUCCUUUUCCGAAGGUCGCCAUCCAUUCGAAUGGCUAUGAGCUGUUCAUGCGUGUCGAUGAUUCGCCAGCUGUGCAGCUUCAGAUGAGCUCGCCAAGACCCGAAGCACCAGAUGCCGGGCUGGCUGGAGCCGCCUCACCCGCCCCACCGACAGCCGCGCCCACGAAAAAGACGCUGAAGGUGGCGGUGACGGGCUGCGUGCACGGCGAGAUCGAGAAGGUCUACAAGACCAUCGCCGAGAUCGAGAAGCGCGACGGGAUCAAGGUCGACCUGGUGGUGUGCGCAGGCGACUUUCAGUCGGUGCGCAACCACGGCGACCUCCACCACAUGCACGUGAAGCCCAACUUCCGGAGCCUGCAGAGCUUCUACAAGUACUACUCGGGCGAGGAGACGGCCCCGAUCCUCACGCUCUUCGUCGGCGGCAACCACGAGGCAUCGGGCUUCCUCCUCGAGCUGCCCAACGGCGGCUGGGUGGCCCCGAACGUCUACUACAUGGGCUUCGCCUCCGUCGUCAAGUUUGCCGGACUGCGCAUCGCCGGCCUGUCGGGCAUCUACAAGGCCCAGGACUACCAGAAGGGCCACUACGAGCGCCCGCCUUUUGCCCGAGGCUCCGAAAUCUCUGCCUACCAUGUGAGGGCCCUCGAAGUGUUCCGGCUACGACAACUGCGCGCUCGAGACGGGGAGGCCGCGAAGAACUGCAUCGACUGCGUCGUCACGCACGAUUGGCCGGCCGGCAUCACCGAUUAUGGCAAUGUGCAGCAGCUGCUCCGGUUCAAGCCGUACUUUGAGGAGGACAUCAAAUACAACCGCCUGGGCAACGCGGCCACCCUGCAGCUGCUCCAAGAGCUCCGCCCGAAGCACUGGUUCGCCGCCCAUCUCCACUGCAAGUUCCCGGCCCUGAUCCCGCACGAGCUGGACGGCGUCGAGCCGACGAAAUUCCUCGCGCUCGACAAGCCAAUUCCAAGGCGCCACUUUUUGCAGAUUCUCGACAUUGAAGUGGAUGAGGACGCGCCGCUAACACUCGAACACGACACCGACUGGCUGGCCAUCCUCAGAAGCACCGACAAGUUCACGGAGGUCUCCGCCCAGGCCUGCUACCUGCCAUCGAAGGUGUCGAAUGAGCGCUGGGACUUCCGGCCGACUGACGAAGAGCUGGCGGCGGUGCGUGAGCUCGGCGAUCUGAGCGUCUCGUCCACAUUUCUGCACACGGCGCCUCCGUUGAAGCAUCAGGAUGUGCAGAUACGUAAAAACGACGGCCCCAGCCAAUACUACCGCAAUCCGCAGAGCGAGAAAUUCUGCAAAUGGCUCGGCAUCCGAAAUCUCAACGCGCUGCUGGCCGAAGAUCAGGGAGCCGAUGUCGGGACGGCUUUCUAUUUGACUGACGUCAGCAACCAAAGCGGCGAGAUCUCGUUGAGUUCGCAGGAGGAAGAAGAAUUCGGGGACCUCGGAUUUGUCGUCGACGGGGUCGGAGCGUUGCCUGGGGUCGCUACAAACAUAGGCAGCAGCAACACCACGAAACUGCCCCCGGUGGCCGCCGGCGAGCCGAUAAUGCACGAGGGCAAUGAGGCGUUUGGCGCGUCGGAGGAGUGGACGGCUCCCGUUGGCGCCGGCGAUUUGGACGAUCUGCUCGCUGGGUUCUCGGCUCCCGGCGAUGGUCCCGCGUCGAAGCGAUCCAAGUUC